ACCAUUUUGAGUAAGUUUCAACAGCUGUUUGUGUCGGCGCCUUUUUUGCUGCGGUUGCCGCAUUAAUUUCUUGUUAUUCAAUUGCUUGCAAAAUUUUCAUAAUAUUAUUAUUAUAUACACUACACAAGUGAGCACUCCGAAAAUGUCAUUGCAACAAGCUUUGGAUGAUUGCCUAAUCGACUUCGACAGACGUGUGCUGGUCACCGAUUUACUGGAAGAGUACAAAUUGACGUACAAAGAGGCGCACGAUAAGCUUGAGGCGCAUAUUAAACAGCAGGAAAAGUCGAGUGCUAUUAAAUACGAGAAACGCUUUGUGGUGCAUGGCACACUGGCAAAUGAUGAGGGCGAGCUGUAUACGAUUGUGCAAGGCGAUGACAAAUUAAAGGAAUGGCUAAGCAAAUUGGAAAACUCGCAAUACCACCUGUAUUCCGUGGAGGUGGCUGGCGGCUCCAAGAGUGCUGCGCCCAUUUUCAAGCCCAUGCAGCAUAUGGAGGUGAAGCUGGCAAAGGUGGAGCAGCGGUCAGGCGUUAAACCAUUAACUAAUGGCGUAAGCAAUGGUGUUCACGAGCCAGUAGAGACUCCAAAGCCCGCCAACAUCAAGGAAGAGCCCUCAAAGGCCGAGGAGCAGAAGAAAACGUCACCUAGUGAACAAAAGGGUAAAGCGAAAUCAACAACAACCACAGCGAAAAAGGGCAGCAUCGGCAGCUUCUUUUCCGCAGCUCCAGCUGCCAAAUCGCAGCCAGCCAAGGAAACAAAAGCAGCUGCAGCCAAGCCAACUGCAGGCAGCAUGGACAACUUCUUUAAGAAGCAACCAAGGGCGAGCAGCAGUCAGUCUAACAGUGCACCAAAGGAAGCUUCGCCCGAACAGAAGAAUAACUCCAUUCAGCUGUUUGCUGAGGAAAGCGAAGUCUCGUCGGAUGAAGAGGAAAAACUAGACAAACUGCGACGGUCUGUGAUUGGUUCAGGUGACGAGUCAGACGAGACGGACGCACAGGCACAGACAAAGCACAGGGCAAGCAGCAAGCGUCGUCGCAUUGUCGACUCCGAUGAUGAGGAGCAGCCACAAAAGAAAGCCGAGAAGCAAAAGCCGCAACAGGAGGAGCAGAAGGUGGGGCAGGCAGAGGAAGAGCCAAUGGACGUGGAGGCGGCAACAAAUGAAACAUUUCUGGAUGAUGAUGGCUUUGUCAUAACAGUAAAGGCCAAGAAACCAAAGCAACCAGCUCAGAAGAAGGCUUCGUCGACUACAACAGCAGCGACUGCAGCCGCUGCGCCAGCUACAAAGAAAAAAUCACCGCCGGCAGCUGGGAAAAGCGCAAAGGAGACGCCCAAGGUGAAGCAGGGCAGCAUCACGAGCUUCUUCGCCAAAAAGUGAAUAAUCGAAAAACUAAUUAUAGGACUUCAUUAAAUGUUUAGUUUAAGAACAAUGAAAUUCUUUCUAGUUUAACAUUAAAUUAAGUAUUACUCAGUGCACAGUUUAUAAGUAUUAAUUUUGUAAAAUUAAAGUCUAAUUUUCCUGCAACUUAUUGUAAAAUGAAUUCUAAUUUCAUUCGAAUUGGGAAUUUGUUGUAAACAAAAUUUGUAUUAAUUUCAUUCGAAUAUUUCUAGGAACAAAUCCAAAAUAAAUUAUUUUCAACUCAUUCCACAUGUAUUCUAAUACAAUUAUAUAUACCACUUUGUAAUUGUUCUUGAUAAAUGAUGUAAUAUUUGUUGUAAAAUUAACUAACAUUCCUUCGAGUUAAAAUCAACUUACCCCUUGUUCGACUCCAUUGUCAGAGUUUUAAAACAAAUUGUAAAUGAAUUAUUUAGAAGUCAUUCUACAUGCAAUCCAAUAUUUUUAUCACACUUUGCAGUUGGCAAUGCUAAAUAAUUAUAACAGAAUCCAUGUAAUUGAUUUCUAAUUUGUUGCAAACCAAAAUUAUAAUUUAAUUACAACUUA